AUGACGCAAAAAUCACCAGCGACCCAGCAUACCGUUGAUCUGGUGAAACAGUAUGAGAACGGAGUUGACACAGCUGUUGAUCUGGUAGCCGGCCACGAGAAUGAAUCCCUGGAUCCUGCCGAGGCACGGAGAAUUCGGAACAAGAUUGACCGUGUUAUUCUCCCUCUGCUAUUCUCAGUAUACAUUCCGGACCAGUUCAAUAUUCUCGGGUCUGCAUUCUACAUUGGCAAGCCCUUAUCAAUGACUGCGUCCGCAAGCUCCACCUCCAUGUUCUACAACCGCACUGAGAUUGGGCAACGAAUCGGGUGGACCAUUCAGUGCAACGGAUUUGCUCAGAUCAUAUCUGGCUUCCUCGCCUACGGUAUUGCACAUUCAAAGGCUCGGUUCUUGACCAAGGACGAGAAGAUCAAAGCGGUAGAGCGCAUUCAGUCGAACCAAAUUGGCAUUGAGACGAAGGUGUGGAAGCAUGAACAAGUUAUCGAAGCAAUCAGAGACCCCAAGACUUGGCUGUUUUUCUUCCUUGCUGCAAUUUCUAAUCUUCAGAACGGCAUUGGAACGCAAUAUAGCCUGAUCAUACAGUCAUUCGGCUUUACGACUGUGCAGACUACAGCGCUCAAUAUCCCCGCGGGUGCAGCUCAAAUCAUAUCUACUACACUUGCGACACUUAUCCUCCGUCGUUUUCCUAAUGCUAGAGGCUGGAUAGCCAUUGCGUUCUUCGUCCCAUCGGUGCUAGCCGUCGUGUUGCUCAUGAGUCUACCGUGGAGCAACCGAGUCGGGCUUCUUUGCGCUUACUAUGUAAUGUGCUUUGGUGGAGCGCCAUCUUGGGCAAUGAUUGUGGGCUGGGUCGCCAUUACAUCUUCAGGCCACACCAAGAAACUUGCUGUCAACGCUAUUUUCCUAAUUGGAUACUCUCUAGGCCAGACCCUGUGCACGCUAUUCUGGAGGGCUCAGUACAAGCCCAGGAAUUAUGUGCCAUACAGCAUCUGUCUCGCAUCUUACGUCUGCAACUUCGUCCUGCUAUUUGCUAUUCGUUGGCUCCUCAACAAGGAAAAUCAACGACGAGAUGCAUUGCAGGCGGGAAAUCCAGUGGACAGGAAUGACGUAAUACUUCCCAGGACGAAUGUUGGCAUUUCACGACCUUCUCCACGGGACAAGAAAUGGCACGUUAUGCUCUGGCGCCUGCAAAACCUCGGCAUCUUUUACCGUUACUACACUAGCUUCCUUUCGGUCUCAUAUGUGUAUUCGGCUGCUCCAAAGGCCCACGCCAUCUGCCCCAGAAGCUUCGAGCUUUGCAGACAAUUUGGGCUUGACACGAGAGCGCUUCGUCAGAUCGGAACAUCUCGUGACGAUGCACACUGGGUGAAGUUUCUAACCAACCUCAGCGGAGAGAAGAUUGGGGUUCUUCCAUACGAGAGAAUGGACCCUGACGUGCUAAAUGAUACACCCGAGAUGAUCCAUAAUGUCCCUCAGCCAGAAUUUGAAGCUUUCAUUGCUAAAAGUCUCACAGGAGAUCCCAACGUUGAAGUUAGAAAAGGUGUUGCUUUCGAAUCCUGCUCACAGGCAGGAAGUCAGGUUCUUACCACCGUGGCGAUGAGAGAUACCAAGGAUACAUAUAAAAUUCGUUCGAAUUUUGUGUUGGGCUGUGACGGUGCCAAGAGCCAAGUUCGCAAAUGGCUCGGCGUAGAGAGCGAGGGAGAAGACAGCUAUGAGACAAUGAUGACAAUUCAUUUCAACGCCGACCUGCGACCAGUAGUUGGGAAACGAGUAGGCAUGUUGCAUUGGAUCGCUGAUCCAGCCUGCUCAGGCUUCGUCAUCGCGUACGAUCUAUCGGGCAAUCAAGUCUUGAUCAGCAACUUCGAUUCCAGAAGACUGCCAUUAGAGAGUUGGACUGAGGAGAUUGCCCGCGAGAUUGUUAGAGCAGCAAUUGGGCGGGACGACGUCACAUUCGAUGUUCUCAGUUACAGGCCUUGGAUUCUUAGCAGAAAAGUCGCCAAAAAGUACCACAUCGGUAAUGUCUUCCUUUGCGGCGACGCGGCUCACUCUUUCCCACCAACUGGGGGGCUUGGACUCAACUCGGGACUAGCAGAUGUGCACAACAUUGCGUAUAAGAUUGCUGCGGUGCUUCAGGGCCGGGCAACGCCUAGGCUUUUAGAGACUUACGUCGAGGAGCGCCGGCCUAUCGCUAUGGUGAACGCAGCUCAGAGUGUUAAGAACGGAAAGAAGAUCUUCUCCUUCUUAAAGAUUCUGGGCACUGCUGGGAUCAAAGACGUCCAAGAAGCGAGGGCGACCCUGUUGCGGAGCAUUCACGAUCCAGAAAAGCAGCAGAUGAUCGCCGAUGAGGUCGAGGGGCAGAGGGAACAUUUCGAUAAUCUUGAAAUUCAUAUUGGCUAUGUCUAUGGGAGGAACGAAGCUCCCGCCCACGCAUCGCACUAUACCCACAAGUUCGUGCCUGGGGCUCGGCUUCCACAUGCAUGGAUCAGGAUAUUGGGGACUGCAGACUUGGCCCCCGUCGACGUCUCAUACGUCAAGGAAUUCUCGGAACAGGACAUCAAGUCACGCCAGUAUUCAACAUUGGACCUAUGCCCGUAUGAUAGUUUCACCCUUCUCGUCGGUUCGCGAGACCAAUGGGCCCAGCGCUUCGGAGCGCUGGAGGCUGCGAUGAAGCGGUACGGGGUCACAUUAAACCUGAGCGUCGCUUACGAUGACUUUGACUUUGUUUAUGAGAGCCAGGGAUAUCUUUUUGCUACGGAAGCGAAGCUGAACUCCGGAGGCGGUCUUCUCAUCAGGCCAGAUCAGCAUAUGCUACGGCUUGUCCAGCCGAUGGACUCUGUGACAGACAUCGAAAAGUCAUUGGUGUGGCACUUGGGCUUUUGA